AUGGCUUCACAGGACUUCUUUGAGGAUGUUAAGGAUAUAACGGCAUGUCCCGUUUGCUUUGAUACAUUUAAAACUCCAAGGUACAUUCCUUGCUUACAUACCUUUUGUCAGGAUUGUUUACAUAAACAUAUUGUGGCAGCAAUGUCCAAAAAAGCAUCGUUAAUGGGAUUCCAUUGUCCAAUCUGUCGUGAAUUUGUUCCUAAUCCAGCAAAGUUUGCGGAGCCGGAGAAAUGGGCGGAAUAUUUUCCGAAAAACCCUGCCGUAGAAUUUAUCAUCGACAACGGAGGUACUGCAGCCCUGAAACACUGCAAACCGUGCCAAAACGACAACGAAGAAGAAGAAGCCAAUGAGAUGUGUAGGACCUGUAUGGAACCAUUAUGUAAAAUGUGUGCAAAAUAUCAUAAACGUGGAACGGUUACAAGACACCAUGAUGUCAUUCCAUUGCAUGAAUUCGAAAAAUUAGUGCAUGGUGGUCAACAAGAGAUGGUUUGUGAAAGGCAUGAUUCAAGACCAUUAGAGGUCUUUUGUUAUGAUCACAAAACUUCUUGUUGUGUCGUAUGCAGCAUUGAUGAGCACGGGCUAUGCAGAAAUAAAGGCACGAUCGAAAACGAGGCUGACUUGAUAGACGAAGGAGGAGAAGAUGAUGUUUUGUUGUCUGAAAUAGAAAACAUUCAUCGACAUCUACAUGAAUUCAAGAACCGUCAGGAAAAAAAUCGAACCAAAAUUGAAGAUAAAGCCGAUGAAAUAACAGGGGAAACAAAGAAAAUUAAACAACAAAUUAUCGAAAAAUUAGAUAGCCUUGAAAAUGAUCAUCUAGAGAAGUUGGCAAAAGCAAUGAAAUCAGCAAGAAAGGCCAUGGAUGAAAAUAUGGAAAUUAUUUCCGAUUUGCUUGAUUUUUCAAAUCAUUGUAAAAACACAAUGCAAAAUGCAAAGACGACAAAACAUUGUUUAAACUAUGUGCAUAGUUUUCACCAGGUGAGAAAACAAGUAAAACGACUUAAAAGCACGAAGAUUUCACUGAAGAAGAUUGACAUAUCCGUGAAAUUUUCAGACAUUUACCAGCAAUUCAUCGGCUUAGAUCAAUUGGCAUCAUUAUCUCAACGCGAGAAAUCAAAACAUCUGUCACUCAGAAUGAACCCCCAAAAGAAGCUGAAUUAG